AUGUCCUCCCUCAUUAAGACAAGGGUUCUUAUCCUGUCAGAUACUCACGGAUUACGCUUCGAGGAAGAUAAGAAACCGCUCGCACCAGUCGACCUUGUCAUACAUUGCGGUGACCUCACGAAAGAUUCUAAACUGGAAGGCUUUCGAGAAACGAUUCAACUUCUCAAGGAAGUCGAUGCCCCCAUCAAGAUUGUCAUUGCAGGAAAUCAUGACUUCUUUCUUGACGAUGGUGUCUUUAAAAAUAAGAUUGCAGAAGCAAGCAGAGUUGCACAAGAAGACCUCGAGCAAAGUAUCAAGGAUGAGUACGGAUACUACGGUGAGGCUAAGAGGCUGCUCAUUGAGGGAGACCAUGGUAUCAUGUUCCACAACGAAGGAACGCAUGAGAUUCGCCUCCAGAAUGGCGCCUUGAUCAAGGUUUAUACCAGUCCAUAUACUCCUGCUACAGCCAGCAGCACGGAUUGGGGCUUCCAGUACAAUGGGGCCCAUGAGUUUGCUAUUCCAAAAGGGAUUGACAUGGUGGUGACACAUGGCCCGCCGCACGGCAUAAUGGAUAUGACGCCACAAAGGCAACGAAUCGGUUGCCCUCAACUAUUCUCUGCCAUUGCAAAAUCACAGCCCCGAAUUCACUGUUUCGGACAUGUCCACAACAGUUGGGGCGCAAAGAUCGUUUCUUGGCGACCACAGAUUUCAGAACACCCAUCCCAUUUCAGCGACAUAGACAAUGCAAAGUCACGAGUUGUGGAGAGUCUGCCACGCUUGCAAGGGACCAAGUGGGAGUCUCCUGAAGACAUGAAAGUUCGUCAAGACAGAUUAGAGCGAUAUGGGUCUCAAAGAUGUUGUGUCGCCAGUUACUGCCAGGGCGAUGAAGAGCAACUGGCUCCCGGGGAGACCUUGUUCGUCAAUGCGGCACUUAUGGGAAGCAAGGGACUCACGCAGUAUCCGUGGCUUGUAGAUAUUGAGCUUGAGCGUCAUCUAGGCGAUGGAAGCUCUACAGAUGGCAACUCAACUCAAGAUUAUGUAACAAUGCCGGAUGAUGAUCACAAGACCCAGCAGCGGGGCUCUCAAUCGGUACUGUAUGAAGGGGCUCCCAUUGCCAGUUCUAGAGCCAGUGGAUUUGUUCAAGCUCAGUAA